CUCUCUCUUUCACCCUUCACCCUUCAUUCUUCAUCGUUCAUCCUUCAUCCUUAAUUCUCCCCUAAAUUGAAAAACAAAAUCACAAAUCCCCUCGUACCCAUUCUUCAUCGUUCAACUUUAUAAUUUAAUUUUGCCCAUCCCUUCUUCUUAAUUAGAUUACAUAUUUUUAAACUAUGGCCACGAUUUCGCCGUCCUCUGCAUCCCCCGAUGCCGCGGUGGAGCCGGCGACUUCUCUGUCGUCGGAGGUGUCCGGAGACUCCGCUUCUUCUGAAAGCCGUCAGAGUUUGAGUCAGGAAUCCCUGGCCAGAGAAUCAAUGUGCACAGAAUGGACAGAUGAGAAGCACAGUUUGUACCUGAAUUCCAUGGAAGCAUCCUUUGUUAAUGAGUUGUACAAUUCCUUUGAUUUACUUGGCUGGCGCUCACAAAAUCACCACUGCUCAGAUACUAAAUCAUUGGGGAAAAAGCAUGCUAGUGUCCGUGUCUCUUCUGGCCAGUACAAAGUUCUUCGAAGUGGCUGUUGGGGGAAGAUCAACUUUGAUAGGCAUGAAUCCCGGUUGGAGAAAGCAGAUGGGUCUGGUGGUCUUUUGACUAAUCCAUGGAUUCGGCAUUUCAGAUCUUCAUUUAGGCACAAAAAUGCUGCAUCCUCCUUUGUAGAACAAGCGCCAUAUGGAACUCCUGCAGUCCAUGUAAAAGGGAAAACGGAAUUGACUUCUGCGUUAGAUACCAGUUUGGAGCAAUCUUCCGCAUGUCACUCUCACUUGCCCCUUUAUGAUUCAGUUGGCAGCAGUACAGAGGUCACAGAUCAAAACUUCGUAGACCAAGAUAUUGAAGGAGAGAAGGGAAGCCACAGGCUCAAUGCAAAGAGGAUGAAAAGUUCGGCUGCCAGAACUCCAAGCAAUGAUCAAGUGGUUCCCAAGCUUGCCGCAACUGCAGAUACUAGCGAUGAUUUUUUCCCUUCCAGAAAGGGGAGCCCCACGGCAGCAGGGAAGGCAUUCCAUGAUGGUGAUAUCAGAGGCCGAUAAUGACUAAACUUGUACAUGGUAAUUGGAAAUGCUUGCUUGGCCUGAGUCUCCUGAGCAUGAAGUCCAGAUGACGACGACAUGUAAGUAGGAAUUGGAAAAUGGAGUAUGAAGAGUAGAAUAAGGUGCAAGAUGUUGCAGGGCUGAUGGUGCUUUUGACAGAAUGAAGUGGAAUGGAGAGAUUGAGACUUUGGUGAGCAUUUUGGGUUUGGGUUUUUCAUUGUAGCUAAGAAGUAUGUUGCAUUCUUCUUCCUCUUUUAUUCUUCCUUUUAGUAGCAGCUGCUAUUAUUAUUAUUAUAAGAACACAACGUUAGGAGUUGUGGUCGGUUUGCUGAUUUUGUACAGUCUUGGGGGCAGUGAAGCUUGCUUGCUCUUUUUAUCAUUA